GAGGCCCUGACGGUGCUCCGGUGGCGGGGAGGCCCUGACAGUGCUUCAACGUCAGGGGCAGCAUGGGGUCUCAGGCCUGGCUGGCCGUUGCCCUGGUGGCUCUGCUCCUGGAAUCUGCUCUCCCGCAGGAGGUGUGCAGAGCUCCCGACGGGCAGUCGGGAAUCGUGGGAGCACCUGGGCUGAAUGGAAGACCAGGGCAGAAAGGUGACCAAGGUGAACCAGGCUUUGCCGGCAUUCGGACCGGGACCCAGGGCCCCAAAGGCGAUCAGGGGGAGAACGGUCUCCCAGGGAAGCCGGGAAAUCACGGCUACAGAGGACCCGACGGCCCGCCUGGACCCCCAGGGAUCCCUGGACGGAAGGGGACCAAGGGCGAACAGGGGACAGUCCAACAGCAGUCCUGGCCGGCCUUCUCUGCCGCCCGGAUGAAGCCCCUGUUGUCCAGUGGGAACGUGGUGAUUUUCAACAGGCUCAUCACCAACGAGGAGAGCCGUUACAACGCCCAGACAGGGAAGUUCACCUGCAACGUCCCUGGCUUCUACUACUUCACAUUCCAGGUGGUAUCCAAUGGGGACCUCUGCCUCUUCAUCAUGUCCCUCAAGAAUGGCAGGACCAAGCGCACCCUGGGCUUCUGCGACAGUAACGCGAGGAGGAUACACCAGGUCAACUCGGGGAGUCUGGUGCUGGAACUGGGGCUGAACGACCAGGUCUGGCUGGAGACGGACCCCGACAAGGCCAAGAUCUACACUGGGGAUGAGGCUGACAGCGUCUUCAGCGGCUUUCUGCUCUUCCCUUCCAAUUGAGAGGGGGGUGGUGUCGGGGUCGCGGGGCCCUGGGGAUGGCGGGGGGCACGGAGUUCUGAUUCAUAAGCCUAGUGGGGCCAGGUGCAUAGAAAUGGGCUGGGAAGGCUGACCGGAGAACCAGUUCAGGGCUGGCGAGGCAGAUGUUCAUAUCUGUCUCCUCUACCCAGAACCCCUUAGGAUUGAAGGGAAAUGGACCCAGAUCUUAAUUUCCUCUUCCUGUCAGUCCUCUGCAACCCCUUCCUCCCUGCAAGAGAGGCCCAGAAACUCAGCCCCAAAGCCAAGGUACAUCCCACCAACUCACCCAAAGAGCUGGCAUCUCGGCUGCCCGCUGCCCAGCCCUCCCGAUCCCAAGAAAACCCCAUGAGGACCCCAAUUCCUGCCUUGGUGGGAGGGAAUGAAGUGAGCCCACUUGCAGCUGGGUUCAGGGAUUGGUGCUUCACACAGAAUAAGUGCUCAAUAAAUACCAUUGAUUGAUUGAUUGAUGGAGGGUGGGGUGCGCAACCAUUCGCCCUUCAGUACCCUAGCUAGUUGCCCUGGCUGCCUAUUGGGCCGGGCUAGCUUUGCCCCUUACCACUCCGGUCCAGUAGUCUGGCUCUUCCAUGAACUCCAUUUGGCUAGAAAAGAUGAACUAAAUUGUCUCUAACUCCAAAUAAAAUUGUUCAGUUUUCUCCUUUCCCUCUGCUGCUUCUGCUGCUGCUGCUGCUGAGCUCAUCACCAACCCCCAUCCGCUGCCAUUUCAAGGCCCUCUCACCUGGUUCCCCUCACACCCAAACGGACGGACUGUCGGUGGAGCCAAAACUCUCCCAUCCAAGGCCAAGCUACUGGAGAAUCCCCGAACCCCUGACACUAGGGUUCCUCCUUCUUCCUUCCUUUCUUGCCUCCCCCACCAAACUGGACUUUCUCUUUUGGAGUCCGGGCAGGGGCGAAGGGAGAGGGGUGGGGGUUGAAUCCAGAGUCAUUCUGCCUGUCCUCCACUUCCAGCUUGGAUUUCUAUUUGUUCAGCCCAGUCCUGGGAAACCACAAGUAUCCUCCCCUCCCCACAAAGACCUUGUCCUCCCUGCCUUCUCUCUCCUCCACAUCCUCUGUCCUUUCCCCAGCUUCCCAAGCUCCACAUCCUCUAUGCCCUCCUUAUCCUCUCCAUCUUCUCUGCCCUCACAGGGAGCAGGAGAAAUGGUGGGUAGCCCUCAUUACCCCAUCCCCCCUUUUCCCAUCUGGGCUCUGCAGGCCCCUUCCCAACCCUCGGCCCCCUCCCAUCUCUGGAUCAGAUUUUGUCACUGCUGGACCACGAUGUCUUCAAUGGUCACUACUUCUGCCAGCUGGAUCCUACUGAGCCCUGCUACGCUUUCUGCUCUGCCAAUGGAGCCACCCCCUGCUGCCAGGUUGUGGAAAGGGGGGUGGGAGGGUCUUCCUUCUCCAUUUUGCCUCCUAUCAUCUCGAAGCAAACCCCAGGACAUACAUAAUGCCGUCAAUAAAUAAAGUACCAACAGGUGUUCUGCUC